AUGGAUCAAAUAAAAGAAAAUAAAACAAUAACAGAUUCAAUUUUAAAAAUUGACCUAUUAAAUGAAAAGAAUGAAAAAACCAAUUUGUAUAAUGAAAUAAAAAAAAAUAAAGAUAAAAAUGGCAUGGUCAUUUUUAUUUAUCCUAAGGCAAACACUCCCGGAUGUACAAAACAAGCACAAUUAUUCAAAGAAAAUUUUGAAAAAAUUGUGAAAAGUAAAUUUUUUGUUUAUGGUUUGUCUGCUGACUCUCCUAAGGCACAAGCUAAAUGGAAACAAAAAUUAAAUUUGCAGUACGACUUACUAUGUGAUGAAGAAAAAAAGUUACUAAGAGAAAUUGGUUGUUUAAAAGGAAAUAGUAUAAUAAGAUCACAUUUAAUAAUAAGAAAUGAUUUUAAUUUAUCUUAUUUUAAAAAAGGAGUAUCUCCUACAAAUUCUGCUGAUGAUAUUUUAGGUUUUCUAUUAAAAAGAGAAGAAAAUGGAAAUAUAAAUAAAAAUGAAAAUACUGAAGAAAAGAAAAAAUCCUUACCAAAAAUAAAUGGAAAUGAGAAAGACAAGAAUAAGAAAUCUGCUAAAGUUAAAAAAAAUAAAAACGGUAUAAAUAAAGUUACAACUGUAGGAAAAAAGAAUGUAAUUAAAAAAAAUAAAAAUAGCGAAAGGGAAUUGAAUAAUAAUGAAGAAAAUAAAAAAGAAUUAAAAAGAAAAGGAAAAGGUAAAGGUGAAAAUAUAGAAAUAAAAAAAAAAGUUAAAACCAAAGAAGCUAAAAAGAAGUCCAACACAAAAAAGGAAGGUGAAGAAAAAAAGAGUAUAAAAAAAGAAAAGAAAAAAAAUUUGAAAAUAAAAGUUGAAAAUAAAAAGCAAUUGAAUAAUAAAGAUGAUAAUAAAAAAAAAAUAAAGAUUAAAGAGGAACAAAAAAAAAAAUUGAAUCAUAAAGGAGGAAAUAAAAAGGAAUUUAAAAACAAAGGUGAAAAAGAAAAAAGAAUUGAAAAGAAAAAACAAGAAAUUAAAAAAAAUACAAAAAUUAAAGAUAAAAACCAAAGUAUUAAUGAAAUUAAAAAUGAAAAAAAAGUUAAAAAAGUUUUAAAAAAAAAGGGAACUAAAAAUAUAAAGAAGCAAAUACCAAAUAAUUAA